UGUGAGUUUGAGCUUCUCGAGCAAGCUUCACUAAAACACUCCWCUGUUCUCUCCGGCGAAUCUUGUUCUUACCUGCCGCCGUCGAUCCUUGCCCAAUCCUCCGGCGAUACUUACCUCCCAGAGUUACAUGAAUUCGCAACAAUGGUUUUCACUACCAAAUUCUCAUUGCCUUCAUUUCUGAAACAAGUAAAUAAACUGACAGAAAGCCAAAGGAACUCCAUUAAAAGAGUGGGAUUUGGCAACUUGUUGYGUAUUCCAAAUCAUGUCCUAAGGAGGCUGCAAUUGAACGAAUUGAUGGAAAGAUGGAAUARCGAAAGAAAAGCGUUUGUAUUUCCUCCUGGWGAAAUAACAAUAACCCUUGUAGAUGUUGUUUUGAUUUUAGGAYUACGUGKURUUGGUGAAYUUGUGGUCCUAGAGGAAGAUGCACCAUUAACGAGCCUAGAGAAAGAAUUUGGUGCUUCUAUAGUGAAUAGGACAAUUGGUGUUGAAUCACUUAAGCAGAGACUUGAGUCUCUAGGUGAAAGGGAUGAUGAAUCUUUCGUGAGAACGUUUUUAUUAUAUUGUUUUGGAACGUUACUUUUUCCAACUGCAAAUGGAAAGGUGGAUUUGAGGUAUCUUUCUUUUUUUCAAGACUUGGAUAAAGUGAGUUGUUUUGCCUGGGGUGCAGCUGUUCUUGAAGAUCUUCAUGAUUGCUUGAGCCAACGAAAAAGUAAAAGAACAAGUUUUAUUGGAGGGUGUCUUAUUCUUCUUCAAGUAUGGUGUUAUGAGCAUAUUGUUAUGGGAAGGCCUAAAUUAUUGGAUUGUCUCUCCACAUUUCCUCGUGUAUGCCAAUGGGAAAGCAGUGGUAGGCAAUAUUUAACGUCUUCCCAAUUCACUAUCAAGUUUGAGGAAUUAGAGCAUUCUCAGAUAUUAUGGAGGCUUGAACCAACUUCAGAGGAGUUGCAGGUCGAUAUAAUCAGGGAGAUCACACAAGAAUGGUGUUCAAGAACCACGAUGGAGCAGCCACUUGAUGUAGAUAGCGGAAGUGCUAUUAGAAUGGUUCCAGAAGAAGAAGAAGCAAUUUUGAGAACUGGACCUGGAACUAUAAAGCAUCUGAUUGAUGUAGCAAGUGAAAAACCCAUCAGAAUGGUUAAAGAACACAGGGAAGAAGAAUCAGAAUCAAUUUUAAGAACUGGAUCAGGAACUACGAAACAUCCAAUUGAUGUAGCCCGCAAAAGAGCUAGUAGAAUAGUUGGAGUGCACGGUGAAGAACAACAUUCGCAAGAAAAAUCCAAGAUCCUCGUCAUAAGUGAUGAUGAGGAAUCGAAAGUGAUUGAGGAUCUUAAAAAAGAAAAUCUUGAAUUGAAGGAGAUCAUACAAGAGCUAAGAAAAGAAAACCAAGUUACGAAGAAGAGACUUGAAGAUGAGAAUGAAGAAUUGAGGAAAUUGGUGGAAAAACAACAUAGUCGAAGUAUGUUGAUGGAAAGAUUUGUUUCAAAUUUGGAAAGAAUUGUAUUAGAAGAAGAUCUAUGAGAAAAUGUUGUACUUCUUGUAGUUUAGGACUAUAUUAUAAUAAUUGCAUUCCCAAAAUGUGUAACUGUCAAUGCCCCUUGUAUUAGCUCCACUCCGGUCUGUAC